CGCCGCGUGGAGUUCUGGGACUUGAGGUCCGCGGCCUAUUUACCCAAGUUGGAGGUAGGGGCCUGUGGAAACAUGAAGAGGGUAAACAGCUGUGUGAAGAGUGAUGAGCAUGUCCUGGAGGAGCUUGAAACAGAAGGGGAGAGGCAGCUGAAAAGCCUCCUUCAGCAUCAACUUGAUACUUCUGUCUCCAUUGAGGAAUGUAUGUCUAAGAAAGAGAGCUUUGCUCCUGGUACUAUGUACAAGCCCUUUGGGAAGGAAGCAGCUGGGACUAUGACUUUGUCCCAAUUCCAGACACUGCAUGAGAAGGACCAGGAAACUGCUUCUCUCAGGGAAUUAGGGCUUAAUGAAACAGAAAUCUUGAUCUGGAAGAGCCAUGUUUCAGGUGAAAAGAAGACAAGACUGAGGGCAACUCCUGAAGCAAUACAGAACCGUCUUCAAGAUAUUGAAGAAAGGAUCUCGGAGCGUCAGCGCAUUCUUUGCCUGCCACAGAGAUUUGCAAAGAGCAAACAGCUGACCCGGCGAGAAAUGGAAAUAGAAAAGUCUUUAUUUCAGGGAGCUGAUCGUCACUCCUUCCUUAAGGCUCUUUAUUACCAAGCAUACCACAAAAAGACAAGUGCAGACAAGUACAUGACCUCAAUGAAGAGGAAGAUAAAAUUAGGCACAAAAGAUGAACCCCAAAAGAAGAACAAAGGUGAUCCCAUGAACAACCUGGAAAGUUUUUACCAAGAGAUGAUAAUGAAAAAACGUCUUGAAGAGUUCCAACUUAUGAGAGGUGAACCCUUUGCUUCCCACUCACUGGUCUCAGCUACAUCAGUGGGUGAUAGUGGCACAGCUGAGAGCCCAUCAUUACUCCAGGACAAGGGAAAACAGGCAGCACAGGGUAAAGGCCCCAGUCUCCAUGUGGCAAAUGUUAUUGAUUUUUCACCUGAGCAUUGUUGGACUGGGCCUAAGAAGCUGACGCAACCAAUAGAAUUUGUCCCAGAAGAUGAAAUCCAGAGAAAUCGUUUGUCAGAGGAAGAGAUCCGAAAAAUUCCUAUGUUUUCUUCAUAUAAUCCAGGGGAACCAAACAAGGUGUUAUACCUGAAGAACCUUAGCCCUCGGGUGACUGAAAGAGAUCUUGUGUCAUUGUUCGCUCGGUUCCAGGAGAAAAAAGGACCUCCAAUUCAAUUCCGAAUGAUGACUGGACGAAUGAGGGGCCAGGCUUUUAUCACCUUUCCCAAUAAGGAGAUAGCAUGGCAAGCAUUGCAUCUAGUAAAUGGAUAUAAACUACAUGGGAAAAUAUUGGUGAUAGAGUUUGGAAAGAACAAAAAGCAACGGUCAAAUCUCCAAGCGACUUCUCUCAUAUCAUGUGCUACAGGUGGCACUACAGAAAUUAGUGGUAGCUAGAAUAUAUAUAAAUUGUGGGUCCUAGAUGGUCUUUCUUGAAUUGGAAUCUUGGAUCUAGGAUUUAUGUAUAGACACCAGUUUGUUUGGAGUUGAAGAGGAAAAACUAACUGAGGGAGGGGAAAAAAGUAAUUUCAGCUUUUGGAGAGAACUGGUAGAAAACAUUUUCUAUUAUAUAAUUGAAGACUAUAUAGGACAGAUGAUAUGCUGAGUAUGAAGGGUAGAGUGCAAAGAGUAUUAUUUUCUCAGGAUAAAUUACAAGGGAUUAUGCCUAAGGAUUUUUAAAAAUCUUUAUAAUUUUUCUGGGGUCCUCAAUAUUUGUCUCUAGAGAUAACAUUCUUUCUUAGACUGCUUCCUAUAUAUAGAAAUAAAAAACUAAUUAAAUGUUGAAAUAUUUCUUUACUAGAGCCCAUUUGCCAUAUUUCAUCCACCUAGUAAAUAAAAGAUUAGGACCCCCAGGCCUAAGCAUCAACAAAUGCUAUGAAGUCAGAACUAUCAGCAGUAAUAGUAGGUAGUUUCAUAAGUUAGUUGACAUAUUUAAUGAAUGCUUCCUCCACAAGUUAUCAGUCUUCAAAAAGCUAUAUAUUUUUCUAGUGAAAUAUUUUAGAUCAAAAUGUUGAUGUUCUCAUAGCCAUUUAAGCUAGCAACCAUUGAGUAUCAUUGAAUUCAAAGCAAUAAACAUUGAUUAAAUGUCUAAUAUAUGUUAAAUAUUAAGCAUAUGAAUUUUAGAAGAGGAACGUACUAGCAAAGAAUACCAAAGGGAAAUAGAAAGAAAGAGUUCUCUAGCAAAGAGGAUGCCAGUCACAAAUCCCCCAGUUGUUUGUUUAUUGUUGCUGGAAAAUAAAAAGACAAUAUACAGAGAGGAAGUGGUACAAACUGGAGUCAGACCUGUACAGCCACACUUAACAUUCUGUGACCUUGGCAAGUCACUUAAUCUGAGCCUCGCAUUUUUCAUCUAUAAAGUGAGGAUAAUAAUGCUACUUACCUCAUUGGGUUGUGAAGAUGAACUGAGAUAUUACCCAGGCUGAAGAACAGAAAGGAAAACAAUGAAUAAAAUUGAACAAGAGCAUAGAACCUGUGUGACACCAUUAAGCAUUCCUACGUAUUUCUAAUGGGAGUACAGGAAAAAAGGAAGAGAAAAGAAGGAGCAGAAAAAUAUUCUAAGAAGUAAUGGCUAUAAAUACCCCCGAUUUGAUGAGAGACAUUAACCUAUACAUCCCAGAAG